CCUCCGCCCCCCUGCUCUGCCCCCGGCUCUGCCCCCGGCUCUGCCCCCGUCAAGAUGGAAGGGAACUGUUACAAUAACGAGACGAUCAGUUUCUUCUACAACCGGAGUGGCAAGAACAUCAGCAAGGAAUGGCGGACGCAGGACUACGUGGUGGUGAGCCUCGGCCUCACCGUCUGCAUCAUUGUCAUCCUCGCCAACAUCCUGGUCAUGGUGGCCAUCUUCACCAACCGAAGAUUCCACUUCCCCAUCUACUACCUGUUAGGGAACCUGGCGGCAGCUGACCUGUUUGCGGGUAUCUCCUACUUGUAUCUGAUGUUCCACACUGGACCCUGGACAAUGAAGCUGUCCACGCAGGAGUGGUUCCUCCGCCAGAACCUAAUCGACACCAGCCUCACAGCGUCGGUGGCCAACCUGCUGGCCAUUGCGGUCGAGCGCCACCAGACCAUCUUCACCAUGCAGCUCCACAGCCAGAUGACUAACCGGCGCGUGAUCCUCCUGAUCUCCGGGAUCUGGGCCACAGCCAUAUUCAUGGGCAUGGUGCCGGCGAUGGGCUGGCACUGCCUGUGCAACCUGAAUAGCUGCUCCACCAUGGCGCCCAUGUACAGCAAGUCCUACCUGGUGUUCUGGGCCGUGCUCAACCUGCUCACCUUCUUCAUCAUGAUGGCCGUGUACACCAGGAUCUUCGUCUAUGUGCGACACAAGAGCCAGAGGAUGUCCCAGCACACGUCAGAGACGCGGCAGAAGGAGACUGUGGUGAACCUGAUGAAGACUGUGUCCAUGAUUCUGGGUUGCUUCGUGAUCUGCUGGACCCCUGGCCUGGUGCUGUUGAUGCUGGACGGCAUGGGCUGCAAGUCAUGCCAGGUCCUGCGCUUUGAGAAGUACUGCCUCGUCCUGGCAGAGUGCAACUCCCUGGUCAACCCCAUCAUCUACAGCUUCAGGGACAAGGAGAUGCUGCUGACCUUCAAGAGGAUCCUCUGCUGUCUCUGUCGCCGCGGGAACGACCGGAAAAACACGCUGUCCGGCGUGCACUUCAACACCCUGGAGCAAGAGGUACUCUCCGAGAGCAACGGCGACAGUCACCUUGACGGCCGCAAUGACGGCAGCAAUGACAGUAGUCACCACGGAAACCACUCCACCAGAACCGCCAGGCCACGCUAGUUGACAGUCAGACGGCGAUUUGGUGAAAGAAAAUAAAACAGUAACAAGCGGCUAUGACGUCACGCGAUUCUAUAGCAACUGUCACCGUGACCACUCGGACCGCGCCGACUAAGACAUUCACUUCUACAUAACGACAGCGUGAAGGCAGAACAACAAUACUGAACCAUAGAAACCACCACUAAAUGCACUGACAACCACUACAACGCGAACUGUAGCAUAAUACUGAUACAACGUGACUCUGAACCUCCUAUAAACACAUAUAAAACGUGACUCUGAACCGCCUAUAAACACAUACAACAUGACUCUGAACCUCCUAUAAACACAUAUACAACGUGACUCUGAACCUCCUAUAAACACAUAUACAACGUGACUCUGAACCUCCUAUAAACACAUAUACAACGUGACUCUGAACCUCCUAUAAACACAUAUACAACGUGACUCUGAACCUCCUAUAAACACAUAUACAACGUGACUCUGAACCUCCUAUAAACACAUAUACAACAUGACUCUGAACCUCCUAUAAACACAUAUACAACAUGACUCUGAACCUCCUAUAAACACAUAUACAACAUGACUCUGAACCUCCUAUAAACACAUAUACAACAUGACUCUGAACCUCCUAUAAACACAUAUACAACAUGACUCUGAACCUCCUAUAAACACAUAUACAACAUGACUCUGAACCUCCUAUAAACACAUAUACAACGUGACUCUGAACCUCCUAUAAACACAUAUACAACAUGACUCUGAACCUCCUACAAACAUUCAUACAUUGUGACUCUGAAUCGCCUCCAGUCACAGAUACAACAUUACUAUUAAUCAAUUACAAAACAUUGGUGUCAAUGAAUGAUCUAUCAAUCGUAAAACAUGACACUUAAUCAUCAUAUACAUAUACACACACACCCAUCAGCCAUAACAUUAUGACCACUGACAGGUGAAGUGAAUAACACUGAUACACCCAUCAGCCAUAACAGUAUGACCACUGACAGGUGAAGUGAAUAACACUGAUGAUCUUGUUACCAUGACAACUGGCCAGUGGGUGGGGUAUAUUAGGCAGCAAGUGAACAUUCUGUCCUCAAAGUUGAUGUGUUAGAAGCAGGAAAAAUGGGGAAGCGUAAGGAUCUGAGGGACUAGGAAAAGGGCCAAAUUAUGAUUGGCUAGACAACUGGGGUGUUCCCGGUCUGCAGUGGUCAGUAUCAAAAGUAGUCCAAGGAAGGAAAAGCAGUGAA